AUGGCUGAACCUGAAAGUGCCAAACGCGCGCGAUCUAAUACCAUUGGCGAUGCCCACGUUAAUACGACACCACUGGAAGAAAUUUCCCAGCGCGUCCAGCACCUCGAGGACCUCGAUCCAGAUGCUGUCGUCCACAUUCUCGCGCAAGCAGCGCAAAUUCAUCCCGACGUCAUGGGCAUGGUGGAUCAGGCCAUUCGCGCCAUCCGGGAGAUAGAGCAAAAUCGUAUCCUCACCUUCGACCAUUAUUCGAGUGAAGUCUGGAGAUCGAUUAACAUCACGUACCGCUCUAUGGGCGGCUCAGCGCAGUACGACAUAGCGGACGAUGUGGCCCAGGAGGUCGUCGAUACCAUCGAAACCAUCGCGGAACAGUGUGGAUCAUACGCGAGCCCCCAGACACGCCUCAAUGGGCUCUCUACACUGCGCAAGAUUGGCAAGACGAUUGCACUUUCUUCCAAUGAUACAGUGGGCCAUGAGGUGCAGAAUUGGUUCCAAUCUGACUCCUCUCUUGUAGAAGGGAUGAUCAAAAUCAUCAGUUCAAUGACAGCGGAUGAAAUUCGAGCGAUCAGAGAAAAUAAGUCGAGCCAAGGAGCAUUGUGGCCAAAAUUACAGGAAUUAGAAGAUUUAGCCGAUAGUCAUUGCAUUCAUCCUGGACUAGCUGAAGUGUUGGAUAUAUUGGAUCCUACUCGCGGUGAGGACGAAGAAGAAGGUGACGAAGGGGAAGAGGAAGGCGAGGAUGAAGAAUAUUGGGAUAACCACGAGCGGAAUGAAGAGGAAGACGCAGACGAGGAUGAUGUUCAUCAAGCACGGCCAUGA